AUGAGCACCAACUCAUCCCCGCCCUCAGCCCUGCAGCUCUGCUACGAGCAGGUGAACGGGUCCUGCGUGAAAACGCCCUACUCGCCUGCGCCCCGAGCCCUCCUCUACGCAGUGUUCGGCGCCGGGGCCGUGCUGGCUGUGUUUGGAAACCUCCUGGUGGUGACUUCCAUCCUGCAUUUCCGGCAGCUGCAUUCCCCCACCCACUUCCUCAUCGCCUCGCUGGCCUGCGCGGACUUCUGCGUGGGAGUGGCCGUGAUGCCCUUCAGCAUGGUCAGGUCUGUGGAGAGCUGCUGGUACUUCGGGAGAAGUUUCUGCACGUUCCAUACGUGCUGCGACGUGGCGUUCUGCUACUCGUCUCUCUUCCACCUGUGCUUCAUCUCCAUCGACAGGUACAUCGCCGUCUCGGACCCUCUGAUCUAUCCCACCAAGUUCACGGUGUCCGUGUCCCGGGUUUGCAUCGCCGUCUCCUGGAUCCUGCCCCUGCUGUACAGCGGCGCCGUGUUCUACACCGGGGUCUACGACGACGGGCUGGAGGAAUUAUCCGAUGCCCUCAACUGUGUGGGAGGCUGUCAGGUGGUUGUCAAUCAAAACUGGGUGCUGAUCGAUUUUCUGUCCUUCUUGAUACCCACCCUGGUUAUGAUCGUUCUGUACAGUCAUAUUUUCCUGGUGGCUAGACACCAAGCAAAGAAGAUUGAAAACACGGGCGGCAAAGGCCGGCCAUCCUCAGAGAGCUACAAAGCCAGGGUGGCCAAGAGAGAGCGAAAAGCUGCCAAAACUCUGGGGAUUACAGUGAUAGCUUUUAUGAUCUCGUGGCUACCUUACAGUAUCGAUUCGCUGGUUGAUGCCUUCAUGGGGUUUAUCACCCCUGCCUAUAUUUAUGAGAUUUGUGUUUGGUGUGCUUAUUAUAACUCAGCCAUGAAUCCUUUGAUUUAUGCUUUAUUUUACCCAUGGUUUAAGAAAGCUAUUAAAGUUAUCAUCAGCGGUCAAGUUUUCAAGAACAGUUCAUCAACCAUGAAUUUGUUCUCUGAACAAGUGUAG